ACAAUUUUUCCACCAGGUGGCAAUAUUUCUUUUCUCAAAAAACGUUUUGCGAUUCCGUGCUGCACCCGCUUUUAUAGGUAAAAUGCCUGAGCUAACUGAAAUCAAAAACGAAGCCCCUUCGACCUCCGCGGAGGCGAAGCAACCGGAGGAUGGGGAUGUGCGUGUCGAGGAUGAUGGCAGCGAGAGUGAUUCGGAUAUGAUUCCCGAAUUGGAGGAGGCCGAAAUCGGAACCACACAAUUGGGCGGCGGUGCCACGGGUUUGCCCAUUGAUAUGGUAUCGAAGGCAAAGCAGUCGCGCGGAGAGAAGAAGGCGCGCAAAAUCAUGCUGAAGCUUGGUCUGAAGCAGAUUCAAGGUGUAAACCGCGUGACCAUUCGCAAGUCGAAGAACAUCUUGUUCGUCAUCAAUAAUCCGGAUGUGUACAAGAACCCCCACAGCGAUACAUACAUUGUUUUCGGUGAGGCUAAGAUCGAGGACUUGUCGCAGCAGGCUCAAGUGGCAGCCGCUGAAAAGUUCAAGGCGCCAGAAGGCCCUCUCGCCGCUGACAGCGUAGGUGCCACCACAUCAGUGGCUCCAAUCGCCGAGGAAGAUGAGGAAGAGGUCGAUGGAACGGACGUCGAUGAAAAGGACAUUGAAUUAGUUAUAACGCAGGCGAAUACGACGCGUGGAAAAGCCAUAAAGGCGCUGAAGAACAACAAGAACGACAUCGUAAAUGCCAUUAUGGAGCUGACAAUGCUCUAAGGCGCUGGAACGCAGGAACAUCGUUGCUUUCGUUUAUUACCCGCCUUUCGAUAAACUACAAAUAAACAAAUCCCAAAUCCCAAAUGUUAUGCGUCUCCGCAUGUUAAGCACCAGUCGAACAUUUAACAAACUAACAGGAGAAGAAUAAAGUGACAUGCUUUUAAAAGUCAAA